AUGGCCGACGUCAAGGAUGAGGGAGACCGAGAGGGCCGGAGUGAGAAGAAGAGCUUCUGGGGCAGCAUUUUCCGGAACCGGAGCCUCGCGAAGAAAGGGAGACUGGAUACCCCGGAAUCGCGCAGAGCCAGUGAUGGAGAUGUCCUCCCGCGCAGGCGCCGCUCACUCACCGAUAUGCCCAAGGCUUCGAGAACAGUCGAGUCGCCAAACGGUCACCCUGAUCACCCGGGCUACCAUCGCUCCCGUCGGCGGCCUAGAAGGCCAGAUCCCGCCCGAGCCAAAGGUAAAGGCCGCGCGCAUCCCAAUGGUGUCAUCUUCGAACACGGGCCACUGACCGAAUGGCCGCCGUCCGGAAUGUCAAGCCAGGAGGAGCUUACCCUCGGCCUUGCCAUGGAACUCGUCUCGCGGGGUGUCCCGGCUCACAAGGGCCACAAGCGCCCCGUCCCGCACGCCUCCGAUCACUACUAUGCGCUGUACACCACGUCCGCGGGAAACCAAUCCGAGGACUCGGACGUCGUCAACCUGCACGACUCCAUGACGCAGCUCAUGACCCUUCGUAUCCAGGGUAGCGGUGUGGCCGUCUACCCAUGGGAGACGCUCGAACAGCCCAGCUUUGCCUUCUUCUACGGACAGCAGCCGGGCACUAUCACGUUGAAUCAGUGGGCUUCGCUAUCCAGCAUCAUGCCCCCUACAAUCGCCCUGAGGGAUUCUGGCGUAACGGCCCGAGAGGUCGAUCUGGCCCGUAUUUUCGAGCGCCUCAAAGAGUUGGAGUCCGGCCUGGAGGAUGACGACGAGGAGUGGAUGUACAAAAGCUUAUAUCGCCGCUUUCUCCGCGACCCCGACAAGAUGAUGAACCCGCACAAAGGACUCGAUAGGCAGAUUACCGAUCUGAUCAUGGUGUUGUCCCGACCGGACUGGAUCGACUUCACGAACCCCAAGAACCAAGUCGUCACUCGCUUCAUUUUCGACCCGGGCCAUGCUAGCCAACAGCAGUACAUCAAGUUCUGCCACCAACUCGUGCUCAGCAUGGAGUUGGACCUCCGCAUCAACUCGCGACUGCAUGGCGAAUGGGCCAAGGAGAAAUUGCUGCCUCAGCUGCCGCCCACUAUCCAGUGGGAUCUUGCACUAGCGAGGCGUUGGCGGGAGCAUGUGAGAGUCGAGGGCUACGGGAAGACGGUGGAGCAAAUCAACUUGCGCUUCAGACUCAAGAAGCGGCAGAUCAAGAUGCUGCGGCGCUUUGCCCAGAUGAUGAAAUGGCCGAAUCUGGGUCAAACUCUUGACAAGAUGAAACAGAGGGAUAUGGAGGCGACUCUCGACAUAAUCAGCUCUGACGCCUUGGCAUUCUUCAGCGGCCUCGUACUCCCAGGUUCCACGUUCCCAUUCCUCAUCAUGAACACCCUUAUCGACAUUGACCCUGACAAGGCUACGGACUCGCUUGCCAUGAUGACGCACCUCCAUCCUCAUUGUGGGUUUCAGUAUAGGAAUAGUUACACCUACUGGACCGCCGCCUCCAUUGUUGGAAAGGUCCUCGCACCAACCUGUCGAUCUUUGGCAGGAUGGGUCGGGCCAGCCCGUCCGACGGCCGACCUCGGUCGAUCCCAGAUCGCGCGCAUCCGGUCCCGCCGUCCUCGCCAGCGCAUGACGCCCGAAGAUGUCCAGUCGAUGAGCGAGCGGUCUGACCCCCUUGGACCCCCGGCAGAGGUUUUCCCCGUCAAGGAGUACAAGCUCGUGGCCCCCGACGCAGACGACAUUGUUGAUACGGUACGCAUCGAGCUGCUCAGCUUCAAGGCCGUCCCCGACCGAUUCCAGGAGCCGCCCCCAAUGCCAAAAGUGUAUGAUGCCACGGUCCAGUUCGCCAUCGACGGUGUUUCCUGGCCGAUGCGCCUGACGUACGAUGUUUCGUUCAUCUCAGCAUGGCCGUGUUCGGGAGGACCGCACCCUCUCUUCUUCGAUUAUGUCUUCCAGACUAUCAAGGCAGACGAGAUCAUGAACAUCAAAGACUGGGGCGGGAUCUAUGGGCAGUCUCCGAGCGCGCGGAGCUCGAGGACGAGCUCCAAUGCAGGGCCGCACACCGCAAGCAGUCAGGAACAGAUCGACGAGGAGCAGGUGUUGGUGGUGGAGGCGUUUGGAGUCAGAGACAAUGAGGUUCUGGCCCGCGCCUGGUGUUCACACUGGGGUCUGAGUGCCGUGGUCGCAGACAUUCGAAAUACAUGCAUGGCAUGCGCUAUCCGCGAGGCGUACGCGGCAACACUGACAGUUGUGAUUCUGGUGGAUGAUCAAGAAUACAACACAGACGACUAA